ACACGAGAUUAAAACGAAAGUAGAAAUACAUUCUUUAGCUGGAAGUCAGAUCGGAAUGUAGCGAGAGAAAAAACUGACUAUGCAGAAUAAGACAACAGAUGAUCCACUUUUACAUAACUGCCGUCCAAACUGGCCGGAAUGGACGUGUAUGGGGGCCAACAUAUGUGGCCUCUGCAGUACCACCCUAUGGUUCCUAGUUCUGCUGCCCCAGGUCUGGAAAAACUUUCGCCAGAAGUCUGUCCUGGGUCUCAGUGUCCUUUGGGGUACUGCUAAUUUUACAGCAUCGCUGAUCAACCUCUGUUUUGUCUACGGAUAUGCAGAAAUUCCCCUUUACGGGAAAAUUAAUUCUAUUUAUAUGCCUAUCUUGGAGUUCAGUAUUCUUGUUCAGUUUUGGAUCUAUGGAGAUCAGUACGAUAAAAAGCAUAAAAUCGCAUACCUUAUUGUCUGUUUGUGUGUGUGGACAACACUCAUAUCUCUUAACCUGGGAUUGAAAUUAUUUCCGUAUAUUCAAUGGAUUGCAAUUGGUUUGUGGUGUGUAGAGACAUUUCCACAGGUUUUUCUCAACUUUAAAUUAAGAUCAACCUCGGGACAAUCUACACGGUCUGUAGUCAUCGCCUCCAUAGGUAAAAUGACGGAUUUCCUGUCAACGUAUGGCCUAGUUUUACCCAUUCAAUAUGUCGUCAUGACAUAUUUUUCCAGUAGCGUUAAUUACGUCAACGCCAUUCAAGUUGUCUGGUUCUAUGGUAGGAAGCCAACUCAGAAAAAUGAGGACAUGGCGGGUAAUAUCCGGUACAAAGAGUUCACCGUCAAUAAUGACCAAGUUCCUAACACCGAGAGGGAUACUUUGUGUUCAACAAGAUAUGUUCAACCAAAUCUUAGUUACAGAACUAGAAGAACAGUUAGAUAUUCGUUGAUUGCAAUGUUUACGAGUUUUCUUUGCCUAUUUGCAUAUGGUAUUGUUUGGGCAACUAAAUCUUACUAUGCGAUGUUUGCCCCUAUUACUCUUGUCUCUGUGACAGGAUUUGCCUUCUUCUGGUACAGACGUACAUGGAAUUCAGAAACAGUCAUCUAAGUUCAUACUCUUUUCAAAUUCAGAAGAUAAAAUUAUUCUAUGCUUAUUGAGUUACAUGUUUUGAUAAACCUAAAAUGGAACAUAAUAAUACAGUGAUUUACUUUGCCUUAAGCAUUUUAAAAUUAAAGUUCAGAUAACCUACAAGUUUACUCUCUUCACGUGAAAUUGUGAUAUGUAUUUGUUCAAAACAAUACAAUAAUAUACUUGUAAUGUAAAAAUACUAGUACAAUAAUAUUUGACAUACUUUAUUGUAUUAUGUUUUCGAUUAUCUGUCCUUCUUGAAUUAUCUCUAGAUAUCUGAUAAAAUGGUUGCUUCAUUCUUUUCAUCUUUAUUUACUUUUCUUUUUUAACCCUUGGCUGAAUGAUAAU